UUUGUUGUUGCAAACACUCACUUCCUCUGUCACUGCAAGUAGCACCAAGAGUUGAAAUCCUCUUCUACUCCUUGUCAUCUCCAUUUUUCAACAAAGGUUACUACUUCUUGUCACCUUCACCCUUCAGGAGAACAUGGAUGCUGAUUCUUCUUUUAUGACUAACAAGCGCCAGAAGCUUAAUGAAGGAGAUCAAAAGGGAAUAAAUGAAGGUGGGGGCACCGAGUUAUGUGAUCUACCACAGGAGCUUCUUCCAGCGAUCAUAUCCAACCUGCCCUUAAAACAAGCAGUUCGAACGAGUGUCCUGUCCAAACUAUGGAAAGAUAAAUGGACGGAAAUCUCAAAAGUUGAGUUGGAAGAAGAAGAGCAUGAAAAGAGACUGGAGUUCAAAGAAUUUGUAGAGAAAUUGCUUGCAGUUUGUAAUACCUCCUGUUUUAUAAAAUUUUCUCUUACAUGUGAAGUAUGUGAGGACGCUCCACAAGUUAAUCGGUGGCUAAGCCAAUCCAUCAAGAAUAGGAUUCAAGAUUUAAAGCUUGAUUUUGAUAGAAUUGGGAAGGAACUAUUGGUCUUACCUGAACACAUGUUUUCCUCCAAAUCAUUGAUACACUUUCAUCUCACCAUGCCCCAAGUUAUCAACCUUCCUCCCUCCAUUUAUUUUCCCAAUCUCAAGACUUUGACUUUGAGGUAUGUUAUAUUCCCUGAUACUACCCCAACACAAAAACUUUUCUCUAGUUGCUCCUCCCUAGAGCACUUGGCCCUUGUUGACUGUAAUUGGAGCAAGGUUAGAGCUGUUAAUAUUGCAUGUUCUUCACUUGAGAGCGUGAGCAUAAGGGAGUGGAGGGACGAUGACGAAGCUGCCAAGCCUGACGAUGAAAAUGAGCCAGAUGUUCAGAAUGAUGCACCUUGCCGAAUAACCAUCACUGGAAGUAGUAACCUCAAGACAUUCUCUUAUGAUGGUGAUCUCAUAAAUGACUAUUUCUUAAAUUCUUCAGCAGCAAUCACGGAUGGAACUGUUGAGGUUCAUACAACAACAAACGAUGACUUGGACGCUGGCCAUUUUGUGUUCAAACUUCUUAAAGCCCUCUCAAAUGUGGAAAAGCUAUCCAUUACUGACUUUGCUGUUCAGGCUCUAUGCGGUACACCAAAUUUAAUCCCGGAUUUUCCUUUGUUCAAUAAUUUGAUUGAGCUUCGUGUGGUGUCUGUGGCACCACUGAAUUUCGCAUGUCCUCCUCUGCUGACUCUAUUGCGAAACUCACCAAAUCUGCAACUUCUUGACUUCAUUAUGGGGGUUUCUCUGCGUAUGAGUGAUGCAAUCAAGGUGGAUCCAUUGCCAACGUGUUUCUCAACGCACCUGAAAACCAUAAGGAUUUCUGGUUUUACCGGGAAUGAGAAAGAGAUGGUAGCCAUAAGAUUCUUGUUGCAGUCUCCGGCUUUGAAAUCAUUAUGUGUUUAUAGUAGUCAAUAUGACUUCAACACUUAUGCGGGAUUAUGGAGACUAGACAUGUUAUACAAGCGAAUAUUAUGGUACCCCAAAGCUUCAGAAGAUUGCGAUAUAGAGUUGGCAUAGAAGGAGAAUAUUUCAUUUCUGUUUCUGUUUAACAAAUAAAUUUAGUAAACAAAGAUGAUGUAUCCCAUGUUCUUUUGUGGGAUGUUUUAA